AUGUCCAAACUAUCUCGGCUCCAUGAGCUAUUAAUCGUGAAAAGAACUCAUCAAGAUGGUAUCGCGCGCCCCGUUGAUAUGCUUGACAAUGACUCCAUCCGACCGACACCAAUCAAGGAUCGGACAUGGUCCCAGCUCACCUAUAUCAUGUUCUGGUUCUCGGCGACGGCAAACGUCAGCAACUUGUAUACUGCUUCCACGGGAAUGGCCAUGGGGCUUACUAUGUGGGAAGCGAUCGGAUGUUCCUUCAGCGGACAAAUUCUUGCAGGUUGUUUGAUGGCCCUGAAUGGGCGUGCUGGUGCUAUGUAUCGUAUCCCGUUUCCUGUUCUUUGUCGCUCCAGCUUUGGUAGCUGGGGAGCACUGUGGCCUACUUUCAAUCGUGCAGCCAUGUCAAUUGUAUGGAAUGGUGUCAAUUCGGUCCAAGGCGCACAGUGCCUGUAUGUCUUCCUCCAUGCUAUAUUCCCUUCUAUUGAGAAUAUCCCCGAUAAGAUGGGUUCCAAAUCGGCCUUGACUUCAGCGCAAAUGAUGUGCUUCUUCAUAUAUUGGCUUAUCAAUUGUGCAUUCUUGAUAGUGCCCGUACCAAAAAUGAAGUCUCUGGUCUAUGUCAAGGUGGCUGUCUACUUUGCUGCGGCUUUUGCUAUGCUGGGGUGGACUGUGUCUCUUGCUGGAGGCUCUUUGAAAUCCCUUAAUGUACCCUCGAAAAUUCAGGGUACUGAAAAGAGUUAUCUCAUCUUCAAGUUCUUGUUCUUGGGUCUCGCAAGCUGUGGAACCUUUAUAUCCAAUGCUUCUGAUCUCCAGCGCUAUGCUACCAAGCCGAAUGAUGUUCUCAUCGGCCAAAUCGUUAGUUUUCCGGUAUCUAACUUCCUAGUCGCUAUUUUGGGAAAUCUCAUCGCAUCGGCAAGCAAGGCCAUAUUUGGAGAGCUCAUCUGGAAUCCCUUGACUUUCUUGGACAAAUUGAUGGAAGGAGAGCGAUACACUCACGGCAACCGAGCUGCCUGUGCUUUUAUCGCCCUUGCAUUCGUUUAUUCGACGGUCUUCUCGGCCAUUUUCGAGAACUCAAUUCCUGCGGGAAACGAUAUCGCGGCUUUACUACCAAAAUACAUAUCCAUCAAACGGGGCUUCUUCAUCUGUGCAGUUCUCUCUUACGCGAUCUGCCCCUGGUACCUUCUUUCAACUGCAUCAAUAUUCAUUACGUUUCUCUCUUCCUAUCAAAUCUUUUUAUCGGCAAUUACCGGAAUCCUCAUAUGCGACUACUAUCUCAUCCGCCGGGGACUGCUCAAUAUCCCGGCUUUGUACGUUUCAAAGCCAACCCCCUACAGAUACUUCCAUGGCUUCAAUCCUCGAGCAUUUAUUGCCUAUGUCAUUGCUAUCGCCCCGAACUUCUAUGGGUUCCUCCAUCAAAUGGGUGUUAAGGCGCCCCAGGGCAUCCAGCGAUUUUACUACAUUGCUUAUCCUACCGGUUUGAUUGUCGCGUUUGUUGUCUACUAUUUGACUUGUUUGGCUUCUGCUCCACCUGGAAUGGAGAAAGCCAGUGGUUGGAUGGAGCCGAGUGAUUACGUGGAGGACGAGGAUCUGACCGGGAUUGAUGAUCUCACUAUUGAUGCUAUUGAUGUGACCCCGGGUCUUGUUGAGAAAGGGGCCCUGUCGGUUACUAAAUCAGCUCCUGGAGAGAAGAGUUAUUUUUAA